CAUAGUUUGAACAUGAAUAACUCAGCAAGAAAGACAAAAUUAAAGAAAUUGCUGACUCUUGCAGCUUUUGCUGUGGUUGCGGAACAACAAGAAGAGCAAGAAAUACAACGGAGAAUACGACAAUUACAAAACCGACAACGGAGAUGGUGGACAAGAGAGUGGAUUGUACGAAGAGAGUUUGAAUUAAGAGGAUCUGUUCACUUAGCACUCAAUGAACUUAUCAACGAAGAUAUAGAAUCUUUUUGUAGAUUCUUUAGAAUGGAUCUUCAAUUAUUCAACAAUCUGUUGGAUAAAGUAUCUCCAUAUAUUCAAAAACAAGAUACAGUUAUGCGAAAGUGCAUUCCACCAAUUCAAAGACUAUCCUUGACUCUAAGAUUCUUAGCUACUGGGGAAUCUUUUCGCAACAUGGAAUUCGCAACAAGAGUACCAGCUUGUACUUUAUCACGUAUCAUUCCUGAGAUAGUUAGAGUCAUCUAUGAAGUACUAAAAGAUUAA